AGCACUAGUUCACCUUUUUGUCUCCCAUUUCUCUCUCUAAAACAUGCAGAUCGGAACAACACUUCCAAAUCUUCAUCUUUUUCAGGCAAAGGGAGUUAACUUAAAGUGCAAUGGUUGUCCAAUAUUAAACACUUCAGUAAAUACACAAACUGUAAAAACACUCUCAUCAUCCUCAUCUACAGAGAUGACAAAAAAACACAUUUCCAAUCUUGAAAAGCUUCUAUUAAAGACAAACCCACUUGAUUCAAAUUCAAAUUCAAAACCAGUAGUUGAACAAUCCAGUAAUGAGUCUUUAGAAAAAAGGAGAAGAAACUUGUUAGAAGGGCUUAAUUUGGCUAAUAUUUGGCCGGAUGAGAUGAGAAAAGCUGCUGAAGAAAUGUCACCAAGGCAUUUAAAUAGACUAAAGAGACUAUUAUCAUCUAAAUCAAUCGAAUAUUCUCCUAGAAACAAUCUUGCUAAUCGAUGGAAGGAAUAUCAUGGUAGCAAUAAUUGGCUAGGUCUGCUUGAUCCACUGGACGAAAAUCUCCGAAGAGAAUUAAUUCGAUACGGGGAGUUCAUCCAGGCAGCUUACCACUGUUUUCAUUCUGACCCCGCCACAUCAGCAGAAGAGUGUCCGUCCGAGAGACACGUGGCGUUGCCGGAUAGGUCGUACAAAGUGACCAAGAGCCUCUAUGCAACUUCGUCUAUUGGGUUGCCUAAGUGGGUGGAUGACGUGGCGCCUGAUCUCGGAUGGAUGACUCAGAGGUCUAGUUGGAUUGGAUACGUGGCGGUGUGUGAUGACAGGAGAGAGAUUCAACGAAUGGGGAGGAGGGAUAUUGUUAUCGCGUUACGGGGUACUGCCACGUGUUUAGAGUGGGCGGAGAAUUUUCGGGACUUGUUAGUGGAACAAAAUGCCGAUGAUUCUGUUGAAGGAGUAGUACAGUCUAAAGUAGAAUGUGGAUUUUUGAGCUUGUAUAAAACAAGUGGUCAUCGAGUUCCUAGUUUAGCUGAAUCAGUAGUUAAUGAAGUGCAAAGAUUAAUCGAACAAUAUAAAGGUGAGCCUUUAAGCAUCACAGUCACUGGGCACAGUCUUGGUGCGGCAUUAUCCCUUUUAGUAGCAGAUGAUUUAAGUACGUGCGUGCCAAAUGCACCGCCCGUGGCAGUUUUUUCCUUCGGUGGUCCACGAGUAGGCAACAGGGGUUUUGCAGAUCGUCUUAACGAUAACAACGUUAAGGUGUUACGUAUCGUGAAUAAUCAAGACGUGAUCACUAGAGUUCCAGGCAUGUUUGUGAGCGAAGCGCUCGACAAAAAGCUUAGAGAAUCGGGUGCGGGUCGUGUUUUAGAGAUGUUAGAUUGUAGGAUGCCAUGGGCAUACUCACACGUCGGGACUGAAUUUCGAGUUGACACAAGAAUGUCACCUUUUUUGAAGCCUAACGCGGAUGUUGCAUGUUGCCAUGAUUUAGAGGCGUACUUGCAUUUGGUGGAUGGAUUUACGGCAUCUGAUUGUCCAUUUAGGCCUAAUGCCAAGAGAAGUCUUGUGAGGCUGCUAAAUGAACAAAGGUCUAAUUUUAAAAGACUUUACACUAGCAAGGGAAAGGAUUUGACUAUCAGUCUUGAUAGAGAACAUAAUUUCCCUAGGUCUAGUUGUUUGCCUAGUCCUUCAUCAUGAUAUAUAUAUUAGCAGGGGAUGUAUAUUUCAUGUACAAAAGAAGUAAGAGUAACAAGAAGUAUAUGUUUUCGACA